AUGGUUUCACUGAAAAAAAACGGAAAUUCAGGGGUGGAUGAAAAAAUUGAGCUCCUAGUGGGAAUAAUAAAACAGUGGACAUGCAAGUAUGCUUACCGGAUACUGGUCAAGGGGAAGGAUGAAGAUAAGGCGGAACAUUACUACAAAGUCACCUUUUAUAACCAAAGUGAAAAUGAAUCAAUAUCGAAAUGUACAAUCAGUGCGAUAUUUACCUUAACUGAAAUAUGCUCAGUGGGGAUAGAUCACUGUGAUUAUACAUCUAAUAUUUGUGACAAAUAUUUUGUUUCUUUCAAAUUUGAAAAUGAAAAUUUAGUACGCACUGUAGACAUGUGCCUAAAUUACGAAGCCUGGAUUGAUAAACUUAUCAAGGAUAAAGAAAAGCUGAGGAACAAUAUUGAUCUAUCAUCAGAAUUUAUGAGGACGAGAUUUGUUAAACCAGCUGAUGAGAAAAACAUCGAAAUAAUUUUGCAAAAAAUUAAAGAUGAAAGAGAAGAGGCUCGAAGAAGCAAGGAAGAAGAAAAAGAAUUUAGAGAAAAAAAAAAAACAUUUUUAAAAACAGAAAAUAUAUUGCACAAUAAAAAGACUUUCUUUGAUGAAACCUAUGAAUUAGACAAAAUAAAUUCGCAAAAAGAUUUGAACACAGAUCAUGGGAAUAAUGAAUUAGAAAGAACAAGUACAAAAAAUGUGGAGAAUGAAAAAUUAAAUGAAGUUCUCUCAUUUCUGAAGUCUAACUUGUACUUUUACUUUACGAAUGUGGAUAUUAAAAGGAAAGGAAAACUGAAAUAUGACCAUUACAUAGAAAUACUAAAAAUGGUGAAUUACAAAAUGUGUAUUAGUUAUCGUCAUGUGAAUAAUCAGAAGAGGAACGAACAAAAGGAAGAAAAAGAUGGAGAAUCAAGUGAGGAAAAAAAACAAAUGCAAGGGGAAAAUAUUUUGUCAAUUCCAAGCACCCCAGAUAAUUACCUUUUUUGCGAGUCAAGUGAAGAGUUGUGUUCCAACACGGACGACAGCUGGGAAGACGAAAAUUUAGAUAUAUCGAAUAUACCAAAAAAUAACAAAAAAGGAAUGAACAAAAAUGAUAAGAAGUGUAUAUUGAACCUUUUCAAUAUUAAUAAUAAAGAAGUAUAUUUAAUUAAAGAUAUUAAUAUAUAUCAGAAUAACAAUUUUAAUGGAUGUAAUAUAUUUUUUGAACUGGAAAAUGUUCCUAUUAAUUCUGAAUACUUCCUUUUUGAUAUAGACAAUGAAUAUUGUCAAUAUAUAUACACUGAUAAUUAUUACGAUUUUUUACUAUAUGUUUCAAAUGCUGAUGAAGAAGACAAUGGGCAUAUAUACUACAAUAAUUACAUAAAUAAUAUACCCCAAUAUUUAUAUGAAUUGAAAAAAAAUAGAGAACAUUUUAAGAUUAUUACUUUGGACAAUUUGUUACUGUAUAAACAGUUAAUAUACGCAUGUUAUGAAAAUGAAUUAAAUUUUAUGUAUGAGACCUUUUUACACCAAUUUAAGAAGUAUGAUUUAUCAGAUAGUGGAUACAUACAUCGUACUCAUUUAAAAAAAGUGCUGCAAAAAAAUAAUCACAUAAUAUCCACACAGGAGUAUAAAUUGUUAUUGCAUAUUUUCUGCUACAAUGAUGAUAAUUAUGCAAACUACAGGGACAUUAGGGAAAUCAUCCUCCGUUUGAGAUUCGAAGGCAUCAGAAACAGCAUUUUUGAAAGGGACAAGAAAUUGUUACAAAGAUAUUUGUGCGAACAGCUAAUAAAAAAUAAUCUGAAAAAUAAAAAAAAGAUACAUAUAUUUGAUUCUAAAAACGUUUUAGAUUCAUGUGAUAAAUUAUAUCUAAACAAAAAUAUCAUCCACAUUAUUUUGUCUUCCCUUAAUUUUGACGAAAAUUUAGAAUUAGACGUCUUAUUAUUUUUAAAAGUUUCUAUCUCCAUCAUUAUUAACAGCAUCAAAUUAGAAACGAUGCAAAUGAUAUACAACAAGAUUACCGAUGAGAAGCAGAAGAAGGAAGAAUUUCAAAAUGUUUCCCAUACGGUCCAUAAAGGUGAAAUGACGAAUAUACCGGUGCUUGAAUUAGUCGAAAGGACCUUAACGAAAUUAUUCAAGGUUCUGGAUGAAAAAAACGAAGACCAUCUCAAAAUAAUCGAUUUCAUUGAAACACUGCUAGAAUCAAAUCAGAAAAAGAAAAUUAUUGACAUUAAGGAAAUAUGUAAACUAAGCAAAAAGGAGUUACAAGGAUUCGUAGCAGAAAUAGAUACGGAAUCAAAAGCGGGAAACUAUUCAAAGGAGCAAAUAAAAGACAAUAGAAAUUUCGAGUUCUAUAAAAAUAGGAAAAUUCAUUAUGCCUCACACAUACAUAAAUGGUGCUCGAAAACGUAUCAAAUAAGAUCAUGCAAAUAUUACAGCUAUUUUUUUAACUACCCCGAUGACUUAAUUGAACUAGAUGAGGAAAUAAAUAAGGAGUUGUUGUUUUGCGAAGAGGAAAAGGAAUAA